CAUAAGCAGUCGUGGUUGUACGUGGGUGCGUGUCGGACGCUGCUCCCAGCUCCGCCACAUCCAUGCUACCUAACAUUUACUGCUGUCUUCACUCUACUCGCCAGAGUUGUUGUUUUGAAACACCGUGACGAGUGAAGCUACUAGGAUUUGUGUUUCAGGGAGGUGACACGAGUGGAAUCUCUAUUUAAGAAGCAUGUGACAAGCGUAUAUUCAUUUUACUAGUGAUAGUUGGUGUGCUGUUCGAUGUGGUGGUGUUGGUGCUAAUACGAUGAUGAUGGUGCUAGUGUAAAGCUGUUGCAGGUGUGUUGAUGUCAGCAGCUUGUGAGUUAGAUACAAGGCAGACAGCCAGUACGAAGCCUGGUGAACUCAUGACAUCCAAGGUUAGCAGAAACUCAAGGUCAGGGAUUUUCGUGGGCGGUUUUUGCUAGCCGGGGAUGCCGGUGUUGCGGGCCCGGAGUCCCCGGGUGGAAGGUGGGAGGUGUUACCCUCGCGUGUGUUGGGCGGCCGUCACGCGCGCCACCCACUGGGGGGUGACCGCCAACACCACUACCCUCCCCCAUGAUGCCCCUCGCCACCAAUGUGCCAGAGCCAUCACCUGCAACAGUUGGCCAGGCUACACCUUGGCACGCAAGGCCAACCAGGGGCCGCUGACCAGGCACUUUAAUACUGGUGUGUAUAACCAACCUCUCCAACACCAGCAACGAGGCCGGUGUCUACGUUACUCGUCUCCAAGCAACAAGCAUCGUGACAAUUUGAACCAAAACUCGCAUACACAAGCAACACAAAUAUCUGCAGAAAGUGCAAGUGAAGGAGAGAGAGUUUAUGUUCGAUGGGGUGAGGAGGAACAACAAGUCUUGGGCCAGAAUAUUAUGUCAUGCACUCACCUGGAUUCUGGCAGUGACGUCCGCAGUAGCAGUGACACGCAGAGCUCCAGUGAAGCUCUCAGUGCUAAUGAAACUUUGAGUGCAUGUGGUGGCAGCUACAGUGACGAUGAUGACCUGUGCUCACAACAUUGUGGGGAUCAGUGUUGCUCUCUAGUAUCUUCCGCUAGUGUCAUGUCAGCAAGUCAGAGUACCAAGAGUGCUCUUAUCGUGCCCAAGGUGGAGACCAGGCAACGAAUGCGCGGCACCCUGUGUACUGAGUCAUUACUAGAGGGUAAGCGAGUGUGGUGCACCCCGUGUUGGGAGUCAGUAAUAAAUAAACAGUGCGCGCGGGGCACCCCGUGUUGUGAAAAAUACGUCAGGACCCCACUGGUGGAGAUGAAUGGUACGAAUAAGAGACGCAUACCCACUAAAAAACAUCGUAGUUCAAUUGUGGGAAUUGAACACGACUUUAACAGUGAGCCUGAACAAUAUGCUUUUUAUAAUGAAAGCAAACAUAAUCCUGUAGCACAUAAGAGUGUGUGUAAACAGAGUAAGCGGAGUGAGCAGAGAUGUGCAGGAAUGUGCAAUGGUAGAGGAGGAAAUGUGCUAAGAGAGAGCACCUUCACUGUUGCCCGAGGAGAGACGCUUCUCAUUCCUGCAGCAGGCCACACCUGGGACACGCAUGACACUGCUUCCUGUCCCCAGAGAAGUCCCAACUUCAUCCAGCACGAUGAUUCACUGAGGUCAAAUACACCAACUUCUCGCUGCCAGCACGCUGAUACUCGCACACUACCUCGACUGGUACCCCCUGCUACCACUGCCGCCCAGGGUACCACUCCUGCUCCUGCUGCUGCUGCUUCUAAGAGCACCACUCUUGCUGCUGCUGUUGCGUCCAAGAGCACCACUCUUGCUGCUGCUGUUGCGUCCAAGAGCACCACUCUUGCUGCUGCUGUCGAGAGUACCACUUCUGCUCCUGCUGCUGCUCUCAAGGGCAAUACUGCUGCUGUUACCCGAGACACCACGCCUGCUGCUGCUACCGGAGGCACCCCUGCUGCUGCUGCUACCGGAGGCACCACUGCUGCUGCUGCUACCGGAGGCACCACUGCUGCUGCUGCUGCUACCCGAGGCACCACUCCUGCUGCCCGUGGCACCAUCCCUGCUAGCCGGGACACCGCUCCUGCUGCCCAGGGCACCACUCUUGCUGCUGCCCGUGGCACCACUCCUGCUGCCCAGGGCACCCAUUCUGCCCGGGGUGUCGGCACUAUUACUGCCCAGGGCACUGUCCCUCACCUACCCACUACAGCGCCCUCUGCCUACAGAAAGAAACACUCCCUCACGCCCACCCAUCCCUUGUCUAGAGGAAAAACUUACGUACGGCAGGAGGACGGGGUGGGGUUGGCUGAGGGCAAGAAUGUAGGUGGUGGGCGGGGUUGCUCAGAACCCAGUCAGUGGACUCACCUAUAUGUUAAUGAGGGGCAGCGUGGGAGUGGCAGCAGUAAACGAGGUGCUCCCUUUGCUCGUGGCAAUAACAACAACAGCGAAAGCCAUGAUAACAAGUUACACAUUGAUCAGAAGGACGAAAACCAGUCCCAGCCUCAAUUACAGCAGCGUCGAGGUCGGGCCAUGAAGAUCUCGGUUCGUGAGGAAGCCACCAAGAAGAUUGCCUCACUCACCACUCCAACUACCAGAACUCGGUCAGGGUCCCGCAGCUCCGGAGGAGCAAGUCCUGCAACUUUACACGGUAGAACACCAUACAAAUCUGCAACUGUCGCACCAGCACCCACAAAACUUUUGAACAAAACCAAUUCGCUCAAUAGAUUUGGGUUCCGCUCUAGUGCUGAGGUUAAAUCCGGUGAUAGCACAGACAGUGUGAAUUCUAUUUUAAGUGAUGCACAGACAAUUUCUGAUUCCAACUCUAACAUUUUUGACCUUUGUGAUGAUGACACUGAAAACAAUAAAUGCACAAAGAAAAAUAGUGACAAAGUUUCUUGUGACAAUAGCCAUAUAGAAACACCAAGGAGGCUAGAAUCACCUUUUGCAAAAUUAAAUAAAUCUCCAAACUUAAAUAAUACUCCCAAGUUAGGUUCUGGUUUACAGUCAGGACGCAUUACUGCUUUUACUCGCCAGCUACCCAAACCUCAAGUAGUGACUGUUAAACCUGUUAAUCCAAAGACCCAAGCUCCAAGUUUGCAUAGUCCCAAGCUCAAUAUUUCCAGCCCUCAUAGUCCAAUGCCAAAUACUGGAAAAUCUCUAAGCCCUUCAGUUAGAGAUAGAGUUAAAAGCCCAUCAGUAAGACCUGUCUCACAAAACUCGACUAAGAUUCAGGUUGACCAAACUUCUAGAGGGAAGCAGCAGUCGCCAGGUAACAGUCAGCAUAUUCCACGAGUCUCUAGAGAUUCUGAAUCCUCCACAAAGUCUGUUACAGAAGCUACAGAAGCUGAUUCAGGGCUUGGAUCAUCAAGUGAAAGUGAUAAAAUUCAUGGUGAUGGAGAGACAGAUACCCUCAGAUCCUGUAAUGUAGAAAGUACAGAAGAUGUCUCCGAUGCCUGGUUAAGAGAGAAGUUAAAAUCCCAAGACUCAGUGAAGAGAAGAUCUGGGGCUAUGGAGGUUUGCUUUAAUGGUACUGGAGAAUUUGAAGUAAAGAGACAUAGUUUAGAAAUGAAAGGAUCAAGUGUCACAGAUGCUGGAUCUCCAGCAUCUGUAAAACCAGAAUUGGUAGCAGAAAAGAAAUCAAAAACUAGUAAAGAGAAAAGGGAAGGAACAAUUACUUACGGCAUGGCAAGACAGAAGUUCGCACCUUAUAGUCGAAAUCGAUUUGGGUAUGGCUACCAGUCUUCUUCUGGGAGGAGUGGGGAUUAUACUACCAGUACAUCUAAUAGUGCUAACAGUCCAACAACUAAUGUAACUAAAAUUCCUGGAAGUUCAGGGCUAGUCAGAAGUCGUGUAGCACUAAUAGAAACCACUCCAAGUAAGAAACCCCAACAAACACCAGUAUUAAGAAGAACUAGUCUAAAAAAGCCUAUUAUUAGACCUACUUCUUGAAAAACCCCUCUUCUUGUUAUGCCUGUGACAGAAAAGACGAUUGAAUUAAGUAAGCCAGUUUGCCGAAGGUUAGAAUACAGUGAAUGUAAAGUGCUUAAAAGUGAUGCACUGAGAUCUUCAAACUCUGAGUUAAACCAAGGAUUAAAUUCUAAACUCUCUUCCUCGAAGACUGUGGCAGGAGACAUACUGAUUGUGGGAUCAGUUGAAACAGAAAUGCAGAAAGAGACAAAUAUUGUAAUUGAGACAGAAAAUCAUGGCAGUUACUAUGAAAAUUCAUAUUGUAAAAUCGCAAAUAUAGGCAAGGAUGAUGAUGUACCUUUUGAAAAUGAUACGAGUAGUGAUAUUACAUCUAGCUUCAGUAAGGGCUCUCAAGACAUGCAAGAAACGGAAAAACUGAUGGUUGAAGACACAAACGCAGACAUUUCACAAUCCACAGAUGCUGCUGACACAUCAAAUGAUGUCACUGACUGUAGUUUCUCUGAUAAGAUAGAAGAUGUACUUGAGGGGGUCGACUUUUGUAAUAAGCAUAUCCCUCACACUCCAGAUGAUGUUGGUAUGAAAGCAAUUACACCUCAGUCUGAAUCUUCAUUUGAAAUCUUAGAAUCUCUAAGUGAAACAAUAGACUUAACUCCAGAAUUUAUUAAAGAUGAUCCUGAAUACUCAGCAACAGAGGCUGAGAGUAGCCAUGAAAGCAAGACUAUUAAUUUUGAAACCAAAAGAGAAUCUGAUGUGGAUUCGGCUGCCUCUCUUUCAGGAUCUUCAAUUUCACUAUCAACUGAAGGGACAUCAAAACCAAGUGUAUUGCAGAAAUCUCAGCAGGUUGUAACAACAUCUGAAUCACAGACUAUUCCUACUGAAUUGAAUUCAUUAUCAGAACUUCCUUCCAAAGCACAAAAUAGUUCAAGUGAAAGUGUACAAAACUCACCUGUUGGAUCACCGAUUGGAUCACCUAUUGAAAAGAAACAACCAUUUUAUCAAACAUUAUCUGUAAUGAAAUCAUCUUUUGAAUCAAAGUCAUCACUUGAGUCAUCUGCUGAUUUGCAAAAGUCCAUGAGCACGGUGAAUGUAAUGGUUGAAUCAGGCGAUAGGUCAACCCUCUCCGGUAUGUGCACUCCAACAUUAAAUGCUGGAAGGGGAGACCUGGAUCAAGACUUCUUGAUUGAUGAUGAGAUAGCUGAUCAGCCUGGUCUUAUGUUUGGGGAGUCAGCAAUGGCAUCUUCGUUUUUCACUGAUGAUGGAAUAUUUGAUGACUUGGCAUCACCUUCUCCGAGUCAUGCAGCCCUUAAAUCAGCACUGGCAGAGAUGGGCAGAAGUCGUGCUGACAGUGUAGAUACAACCUCUAGUCUUGGAGCAGAUGACCUUAUGCUCGAUUUUGAUGCUGAUGAAAUUAAAGCAGGAGGUUCAUCUAACAGGUCCUCUAACAGUUCGUCCCUCAGUAUCAGCCUCCCAGGGACUCUAACUGGGGCGCGGCCAAAAAAGAUGCACCUUCACAUUACCAUUCCUGGACGAAGGUAUGAUGAAGAAGUACUAAGUCCAGAUGCUAAUGAGAUAUUCAGUGAGUGGACAGCAAUGAUGGCUGAAAUGGGCAGCACAAUUUCAGAUCGAUGUGUAUCAAGAGAUGGCAGCAGCUGUGGUGGGCGCACAUCUCGUACCAGGGUGAGCAGUUCAUCUGAAAUUGCCUCUCCAGAUCCCAGAAGACCUACAGUGCUGAGACCGCCUCGCCAGGGUGGUGUAUUGGAGGUAGAAGGUGGUGGUGUGUGCAUUGACCGUACCUCAUACCAUUAUAUGUGCCAGGAUGUUACUGCACUUAAGACAAUGUUGUUGCGUCUCAGAAGAGUUCUGCAGGCAGCGGAAACUAUUAACCCAUUCGAUGCCAACUUGAGGAACUCCCUGUACUUGAGCCUGGCCAGUAGUGAUUUGCCAGGAGGGACUGGCAUCAAUGGGGAUAAAGAUUCACUUACACCAUCAGUAACAGAAAUAUCUCAAGAAAAUGUUGACCUUAGAAGACAGGUGGUGCUGCUACAACAGCAAUUGGAGGAACGUGAUCGCACCAUAAGGCUUUUACAGCAACAACUAGCACAGAGUAUAGGAAAUCAGCACCCAACUUGCACCUCCCAUGAUACUAAAGAUUCACAAGACACCGUUAAUGCAGCUACUCAAACAGAUCGUUCAGCUCGCCCAACUUUAACAGGCUCAAGCCUCUCAAGGGCAGCUUCUAUCGAUGAUGGACUCGGACCAACUGUCAGUUCUGAAGAGUGUGACCGCAUGGGUAGAGGCCGAAGCACAUUAGCACCAGACCAACGCCAACCCAGAGCCGCCAGCCAGCCACCAAUGCCAUUCACUUGUGGACCUUUGAACACUGAAACAUAAUUCUUUACCUCUGAUUUAUAUUUACACCUGAUAAAUUGCCUUUCAAAAUAUUAAUGAUAGAAAUUCACAACUUAUUGAAUGUAUAUUUUCGACCAGCUAUUGUUGCUCAUUGUUUAUGGCAUGUUUCCUCAUCAAAAUUACAGAAGAUAAUUGCCAGUAACACUUGUUUUUUAUCUAUUGUAUAUGCAUUUUUGGGUAAAACUUGUUUUCAUGGAACUCAUUUAGUAUAUGAAUACAAUAAUUUUGAUUGUAUCAGAUACAGCAUUUAAGUUCUAAAACUUAUAAAUGAUCAGUGUGUAUAAAAACUUAGCUGAACAAUUUUUUUAUCAGAGUUAAAUAUGAUUGUUAUAAGGCAUGGAAAUUCUCAUAAUUACAAUAUAUGAGAAAUAUUGUAUCAUGGUAAUUCUCUAGGGGUUACUUCCUUGAAUAAGCAGCCGUAACAUUUGCAAAUAUUGUGAUACUUAUAAUAUGUAUUAUAUACAGUGUGUACUUCCAUGCUGAAAUCAUUCUUGUGCUAUUAGUAUUUGUCAAACAUUUCAUUGAAGGAAUAAUAAUCCUGUUCAACCAAUUUUAAAUGUGUUACACAUAUGAUGUAUCAAACAGAUGUCACAAGCAUGCUUUUUUUUAUUAUUGCCUUAUUAUUCAGUGGUAAAGCAAGUAACUUUUAUGUAGGCUGAUCAUAAUAUGAACCUACAUAGCAUUAUAAUUUAUAGAUAGCAGACAGUUAACUGCUGGCAAUGUGUUGUAAGCUUCUGAUCUAGAAGUUGUAGACAAUAAUACAUUAUAAGUAGACAAUGCCAUAUAUAUAACUGGUGUCACUAAUUUUCAUUAUUUCCUGAGCAUCAUUGCAGGGAAUGGAAGCACAAUAUACCAUAGUAAAUCUUGUAAUAUGUGUGAAAACAAUCCUUUUGCAGUAUAUUUAGAUAUCUCAGAGUUCACUUAAGAAAGUAUGAUCCAGAGCCAGAAUUCUUCUACAACAAAUGAACUGCUUGUAUUUAACAACUCGGCUGUACUGCAGUUCUAGCUUGCAGUGAAUUUGUCAUUUUGUUCAUCUUUAAGCAUACCAAGUUUCAGGGCUGCUCUAGCUUGUCCGAUGUUUAAGUGUGAUGAUGUCAGACAUUGUGAACAUGGGAAGGGGUUGACCUACACUUUAUGGGGAGAUGUUUGUUUAAUAAAUGAAAUGGAGGAAUAGUUAGGUUUUUAAUCUGGAUGCUAAUCACAAUAGAUAAUAAAGUAGUCUUAAGAUAUUAAUUUAUAUUCUACAUUAGUAACAAAAAUGUAUAUUGAGGAAAUUUUAUGAAGAUUUAUGUCAAACUAGUCAAAUCCUUCCAUGAGUCAUUAAUAAGUAAUGAUGUUAUUACAUAUAUUUAAAAAAAAUAUUGUUUUGCAAAUGAAAAGCUUUAUGAGGUCCAUUUUGGGGGAUUUUACCAUUUUGUAGAUAUGAUUUUUGAAAAUGUGACUGUCUUAAGAAUGUGUAAAUAGUAAAUAUAUUUAUUUAAGUAUUUAUACCUCAUGAUCAAGUUCACAUACAUCAAAUGAUUGCAGGUGCCUUUUCUUUUAAUUUUGUGAAUAUGAACUUUAUGGAUUUUUUUUUUUUUUAUUUUGACUACCUUCUGAUUAUCUGUCAUCUUCAGAUAUAAAAAAAUUUAACCAUAAUCUUGUAAAUACUGUCCCCAGCAUUUCUCUGCAACCAUUUGAGGGUGAAGCUAAUGCCAAAGAACAUGAACUAUAUGUUAAAAUGUGUUUCUGUUGUAUUUUCAUUUAGAACUGUGAUGGUUAGUUUAUGAUAGUAAUAUAGACUUUAAUUUGUGUAACACAUUCCAUUCAUUAUCUUAUAAAGUACAGUACUUGUCCAUAUUUUUUUUUUUUUGCAAAGUUUUGUUAAUUAUUUUUUAGACAAACUUUUCUGAUCACUGGUGUUUGAUUUUAUUUUCUAGGAAAAUUAUCUGGUCAUUGACAGUUUGGUGCAUUGACUGAAAAAGAACGAUACAGUAGUUUUGUUUGGCACAUUCCAAGAUCAGGGUAAUGCCAAUUGUUGGCUGUGUCAAGGAAGAUAAUAAGAACCUGAAAAACAGAGGUGUGGAGACCUGUGCAGGUGAGCACUCUUACUUGUGCUUUGCUUAACAUUAAUCCAGUGGUUGUAAAUGCGCUGACAUGCCAACUUAAAAUACAUACCAAAAAAAAAGGUGUUUUCUUA